AUCGCCUCCGAGCGCACCAAGGAACGAUGAAAAAAAACAAUUCUGCAAAAAGGGGGCAACAGGAUGGAAACCAGCAACCUGUGCAGCCAGAGAAGGUCGGCUGGGUGCGGAAAUUUUGCGGAAAAGGCAUUUUUAGGGAAAUCUGGAAAAACCGUUAUGUGGUUCUGAAGGGAGAUCAGCUUUACAUCUCGGAGAAGGAGGUGAAAGAUGAAAAAACCAUACAGGAAAUGUUUGACCUGAGUGACUAUGAGAAAUGUGAAGAGCUCAGGAAGUCCAAAAGUAGAAGCAAAAAGAACCACAGCAAAUUUACUCUCGCCCACUCCAGGCAGCCUGGAAACACGGCACCAAAUCUGAUCUUCCUGGCUGUGAGUCCAGAAGAGAAAGAGUCCUGGAUUAAUGCCCUCAACUCUGCGAUCACACGUGCUAAAAACCGGAUCUUGGACGAGGUCACUGUGGAAGAGGACAGUUUCCUUGCCCACCCAACGCGUGACAGAGCCAAGAUCCAGCACUCCAGGCGCCCUCCCACGCGGGGUCACCUCAUGGCUGUGGCAUCUACCUCAACCUCCGAUGGAAUGCUGACCCUCGACCUGAUCCAGGAGGAAGACGCCUCUCCGGAGGAUCACGGCACCUGCGAGGAGAGUUUCCGGGUGGAUCUGGACAAGUCCGUGGCACACCUCACUGCUGGGCGGCGCCGCUCGGACUCGGAGAACACCAAGCCAUCGGAGAAAGGGCGGACAGGGAGCCUCCCACGACAGGAGGUGACCUCAUGGGAUAGAGUGGGGCAGCGCAAUGACUCCUUUGACAAAGGGACCAUGUACACACCGCAGGUCCCCAAAAAGCUCUCGUACUCAGAAAAGAAUAAAUGUGCCUCCAUGGAAGAAAUCCUGUCCCGACGGGACUCUUCCACGCACCGGGCGGUGCUGAGGAAGGGGCUGGAGGCUCAGUUUGCCUCGGCAGAACCGGAGCAGCUGUCCCGGAUACAGGAACUGGUUGCACUGAAACUGGAAAAAACUCAGGAACUGCUGACAGAGGUGAAGGGCUACGGGGAAGGCAAAAGAAAGACCAAGGACUCCAACACCAGCACCACCAUCACCACCACCUCUUCUUCCUCAUCAUGUUCCAAGUCGGACUCUGAAAGGAUCCUGCAGGAAUCUGAGAGGCUGCUGGGGGAGGCUUCCUCCACCUGGAGCCAAGCUAAGAGGGUGCUGCAGGAGAUCAAAGAGCUGAGGGACCUGUACAAACAGUUUGAGCUGCAGCAGUCAGACUCGAAGCCCAAACAGAGCUCACAGUCGCAGUUUAGGAAGAGCAUGAUGUGAAGUGUUCAAAAGAGUGAAAAGGUGCCUGUUCUCUCCCAAAUUUGCUUCUCAAAGCUUGGACCCUUCCUUUCCUCCAUCGCAUCCCCUGAUGAAUCAACCCCGUGUUCCAAUAAAUCAGUUGCAGUUUAUA